UAAGCCUUCCGCCGAAGAUAUAGAUAACUUUCCCCAAACCCGCCAUGCACUCACCUUACAAAUACCAAUAUCGUUUCUCACACUCAUUCACGACCCUCUCCUCCCCCUCCCCCUUCCCCAUCUUCCCUUAGGGGGUUUCCGCAGCGGCCAUGCUUCGGCACCCUGCAUCACGGAGCGCGCGAUGUCUGAUCUCAGCAUCGCGGCCUGUGCUCCGCUCUCCGAACCUUCCGCGGCCCACCACCAACCCACGAUCGCUCCUCACACCACGCUCCCUCCGCUCCGCCCACUCGUCCCAAUUCCAGCCCUUCGUUCCUCCCUCCCCCGCCUCCCUCGGUCGCGCCCGCCCCGCAAGACACUAUCCCCGCACCUCCCGCUGGGUCCGACGACUCCUGUACACCUCCGCCGCCCUCGGCACCCUCUACCUCGUCGACGUCAACCUGUACGCCUCCUCGCUCACCCGGUCCCUGCGUACAUUUGGCCUUGGCCUCCUUGUGGCAAUCGACUAUAAGCUCAAUUUCCGCGCCUCGCCCCUCUGCGGCGGCACAAUCGCAGACCUACACCGUCGUAGUGCAGAGCGGCUCUUCGACCUCCUCCGCUCCAAUGGAGGGCUAUACCUCAAGAUCGGCCAGGCUAUCGCUAUGCAGAGCGCUAUUAUGCCGCCGGAGUUCCAGAAGAUGUUUGCGCGCAUGUUCGAUGACGCGCCGCAGAAUGAUUGGGAGGAUGUGGAGCGUGUGAUUCGCGAGGACUUUGGGAAGAGCCCGGAGGAGGUGUUUGGUGUUAGCUUCAGAGGCGAGGAGGGCAAGGGCGUUAUGGAAAAGGUAGCGCGUGCGUCUGCGUCCGUUGCACAGGUGCAUUGGGCUAGAUUACCUGAUGGACGCGAGGUAGCUAUCAAAGUGCAGAAGCGUGAAAUUGCACAGCAAGUCGGCUGGGAUCUAUGGGCAUUCAAGGUCAUGAUGAAAACCUACACCUACUGGUUCGACCUCCCCAUGUACUCCCUCGUCCCCUACAUCUCCUCCCGCCUCCUCCUCGAAUGCGACUUCGAAGUCGAAGCCACCAACGCCCAACAAAUGACCGCCCUCAUCGCCGCCGAGCCCCGUCUCCGCGGCCGCGUCUACAUCCCAACCGUCUACCCCGAACUCUCCACCAAACGCGUCAUGACAGCCGAAUGGAUCGAAGGCGUCCGCCUCUGGGAUAAACCCGCCAUCACCUCCCCCUGGCGCGGUCCCUCCACCGGUUCCCCCGGCGUCACUACCCCCCUCUCCUCGUCCCCCACAACCAUUUACCCACCCAACCCCAACUCCCCCCGCCCCUCCGCCUCCUCCCCCAUCCCAUCCCUAAAACCCGACCGCACAACCACCCUCCUCGGCCCCCGCUCCAACUCCGGUCUCGGCCUCUCCCUCAAAGAAGUAAUGACCACAAUGCUCGACCUUUUCUCCGCACAAACCUUCCUCUGGGGCCUCGUCCACUGCGACCCGCACCCCGGCAACAUCCUGCUCCGUCGUCUCCCCUCCGGCAACGCCCAACUCGUCCUCCUCGAUCACGGCCUGUACGUCGCGCUCGAGCCGGGGUUUAGGGUGCAGUACGCCAAGUUCUGGCGCGCGCUCCUGGCAUUCGAUAACGAUACCCUUAAAUCGAUAACAGCAGAAUGGGGCGUCAAGCAACCCGACCUCUUCGCCUCCGCCACGCUAAUGAAACCCUACACCGGCGGCGACCAAUCCACCGCCCGCGCCCUGACCAAAUCCCUCGAGGGCGCUACACCCGGCGAGCGUCACUUCGCAGCCCAAAACCGCAUGCGCGCCGGCAUCCGCGCCGUGCUCUCCGACGAGACGAAGUGGCCCCGUGAACUCAUAUUCUUAGCUAGAAAUAUGCGCAUUGUGCAGGGGAAUAACCAGUUCCUGGGUUCGCCGGUGAAUAGGGUUAGGAUUAUGGGGAUGUGGGCUAGUGAGGCAGUGGCGGAGGAGGGGGAGGGUGGGGGGUGGUGGGGGCAUUUGAGGUUUAGACUUGGGGUGGCGGGGAGUGAUGUUGUUUGGUGGGUUAGUAGGGGACGGCAGCUGGUGUGGGGGGGUGGGGGGAUGGAGGAGGAGUUGGAGAGGGGGAUGAGGGGGGUGGCGGGGGAUGCGUUGGGGGUGGAGGUUGGGGAGGUUGAGGGGGGGAUUUUUGGAGGGUAG